AUGGCGGCUUGGAAUGUUAAAAUGAUGGAAGAAUUCGUUAACUCACCGUGGGUCGAUUUACUUUCAAGUCCGCAUUUCAGUACGUUAGAAAAAGCUGAAGUAACUAACAACAAAGAUGCAGCUCUUAAAACAGAAACUGAAUCAAGCUCUAUGAAAUUGCACAAAGAAGCUGUUAGACACAAAUCAGUUGAAACAGGUACAUUACCAAAAUAUGUGUCCCACUUGGUGAAACAAAAUGCAACAAACAAUACUGAAAACAUAUUUAAGAAGCCGGGAGACUACAAAGGAUCAAAGUCUCAGCCUUCAACUCCAUGCAAGUAUCGCACUAGGAAAUCUAGGAAUAGUAAUACCACUAAUCCUAGCAAUGACAUGCUUAACGAUGAUGUCACUGCUAACAAUGAAAAAAUAAAUAAGAAUGGUGCUAAAUUGAAAAGUGUUAAAUCAUUUCCAUCCUUUCAAGCGUCUUGUUCUAGUCGAACAAAACAAAGUUACAUUUCUUCAGCUCUAGAUGACAGUAGAGAUUUAAGUAAAAAGGACAAAUCGAGAAGUUUGUGUAAAGGUAAUACCAGUAUAACAAACAAAUUAGAAAAUAAUGAUAACGCUGCUGACAAUGAUUUCAUUGCUGACAUCACACCAUCUACUUCUUCAGAAAUAUCAUCACUGCAUUCUCAUGAUGUUCUCUCGGUUGUUGAUGAAUAUUCAAAAUCACCAGAUGACAAAAAUAAUGAUGAUGAGUUUUCAGAUUCUGUCAGUGACUUGAUGAUGCCUCCAAAAUUAGAACCAGAGAAUAUUUUCAUGAGUGAUGACAUCAUUGAUGAUGAAACAGCCAUUCUUGAUUCGUAUGCUGAGUCUGUUCACUCAGCCGAUGAUGGAAACAAUAGCAACAACAUUUCAUCUAACCUUAUGAAUUUGAAGCCUGGUUUGCACCUUAAAUCUGUGAUAACUUCCCAAAACAGACAGUACGACCCAGACAAGCACUGUGGUGUGCUCAUCAAUGAAACUCAAAAACCAUGCACCAGAUUCAUUACAUGCAAGGCUCACCCAUUGAUGAUGAGGCGUGCUGUGAAAGGUCGGAGCAAGCCGUUUGAUGAACUAAUGAAGGAACAAAAAGAACGAAAAGCUGCUGCUGCUGCUGCCACUUACAACAACAUCAAUAACAUUGGUGCCUUUUCUAAUGAUAUUCAAGCAGUUCCUGAAAAAGUAGUAACUAAGUUGAAUAGCCAGUCAACAAAAGCAUCAACAGGUAAGAAGGUGAAAAAGGUACCAACGUUACCAACCAGUGAAUCUCUCGAGAGAUUAGCUGCUCUGCUGGGUAUCAAUUCCUCUCUGUCACUAACUUCACUUGCACCACCCAAAUCAGCCAAUGAACAGCAUAGUUCUAGCACAGCUCUGCUGCUCUCUACACAUCCCAUCAUCAAAGACAAUCUAAAUAAUGCAUCAACGCCAAUAUUAUCAAGUUCCACAUCUUGUAAUGUUAUACAUGAUGCUCCCGAAAAGCUAGUUUCCAGUUUUGUUUUAUCUUCCUUGUCAUCACAGAAACCAUCCUUUUGGCUUCAUCAGCCUUCCUCAUCACCAUCUAUUAAGACACUUACUACAAAGCAAACUCACAAGUUUCCUUCAAUUCUCUGCAAAAGUCUACCAGCAUAUUCAUCUUUAUCAUCACUGUCACCUGCAAAAGCAAUCCAGACUGCAUCAUCACUGCUACCAACUGCACAUGAUGAUCCAUCCCCAUGUGUCAGUAGCUCUCUAACAACAGCUGACAGUGACAUGCCCACAUUAGUACCUGCUGAUAAAAUUGAAUGUGAUAUCAUAGAUGAACAGGAUUUUCAUUUAAAACAGCUCUACAAUGAACUAUAUAAUGAACAACAAUCUCAAAAGCAGCAGCAGCAACAAGUAGGUAAGGAAAAGAAAGGAGAAGACUUUUGGAAUUCUGAUAAUGACUCCUCUGCUAUCAUUAAUAAAAGACAUUUGUCAUCCAGGUUGAUGUUUGUUCCCAUCUUCAAUGGAAAGAGGAGAAGGCCUAUUUUUAAUCUGUGCACCCCUGCUUCCAAAAAGUUUCAUCUUCAUCGGAACAACGCGAAUCAUGGGGCCGGUGAUAACGUUGAUGAUGAGUUUGAUGGCAUUGAUGAUGAAGAGAAGAAAGGAAAGGAUGAGGAGGAGGAGGAAGAUGCAGAUGAGGAGGUGGAAGAAGAAAACGAUGGCUGUCCAUCUCCAGCUAAAAAAUUAAAAACCACCUUCAGACAAAAACAUCCCAAGCCCAUUACUGUUAGUGGCAGGGUUUUUAAAGCUACUCAUAAAAAACGCCGCUAUCACUACCGCUACUGCAAGUGGCAAGUAAAUGGUUUGAACUCCUGGCUGUAUAGUACUGGCUACUUUUCAACAAAUCGUCGCUGCGAUUCAGUACGAGCUGCUGUACUCAGCAUCAUCAAGCAAACAGCACCAAAUAAUUUCCCUUCACCACUAUCUCCUGCUAAAGCAAAAUCUGAAGCAACUCCAAAAUUGGGCAUGCAAAAAACUAUCUAUACAGAAUUAAAACAUUUCUCAUCAUCUUCACCGUCACAUUUUUCAAAUCAUCAUCUACCUCUUUGUGAGAUGCCCUGCUUGAAAGCAGCAUCCAAGCCCAAUCAUUAUUCACUGCCUCCGAACGUGGCUCUUGUAAGAACAAACCAAUCAUCUUCACUCAGUUCCCAGCAGAAUAUAAAUGUCUUCCUCGAUCACGAUGCUGCUAUCAGCGACAAAUCCCUGACCGCACUACAGCAACUAUCAACAACUUCACUGCAACCGUCAACAACACUAGCAACAGCAUCACAAGCAACACUGAUAGCUGGAUCUUUGAAUGAACCAAAUGAACAAAAGCUUUCUAAUUUCAACCAUGCUAGUAAGAGUGUUUCAAGUGACAGCAAUGUUCAGUUUAUAUUAUCUUUUAGUAAUUUGAAGCAUUCAUCGAAUGCUAGCACUGAAUUAUUUGCUACGAGAAAUAAAUUAUUGCAAGCUUCGUCAUCAUUAUCAUCGUCAUCACCAACAAUUCCAAAGAUUUUGUCUAACUCGACUGCACAGACACCUCUUAAGACAGGGACGUUUUUAAAUUACAACAUUUCAAAUGUGGCCACACCAAACAAGAAGAACAAUCCUAUUGCCAUUCUUGUGCAGCAGUCUUCCACUUCAACAAGCCAAUCAGCCAACAGUGACAACAUCAUCAACGACAAUAGCAUUAACAAUAACAUCAAUAUCAACAACACAGCAUGUUUCCUUUUCAAUACUCAAUCAACGUCGCCCUCUGAUUGCAGCACCAUUAACCUUCCAAACAAUUCCGUCAGUUUAAGCAACAACAUUAUAAACUUCAACAAAAACAACAACAGCAUUAUUAACAUUAGCAACAUUUCUGCGAGCGGCAAUAGUACUAAAACAUUCAAUGCAGUUACACUGAAUGCAAAAGCAACAGACACCUCACCACAACUUCUACCAACCACCUAUCAAAAUGGCCACAUCAUUGGACACAGCACUUAUGACAAUAUCAUUAGCAGCAAAUCAAGCAAAAUUAUAAAUGUCAGUAACAACGUGAUUCACAACAGCCACAAACGAUCAUCCUCUAUUCUCCUUGCCAGCAAAAACAAGUGGGCUAGAGUUGAUAGUUUUGUCUCAUCAUCAUCGUCUUCUUCGUCAUCGUCUUCUUCGUCAUCAUCUUCAACGUCAGCAUCACAAAGUAUUAAAAGUUAUAAUCUCGCCAAUCCUCCAGCAACUAUGAAAUCUUCUACACAGCACCAGCAACAUCAGCAGCAGCAUCAUUAUUUCUGGUUGCUCCUACUCCUUCAAGACAUGAGAUUGUCCUUGACCUCAGCAGCCCAUCUCAUCCACCCACCUCCCACCAACCUUUCAACCAUCGUGUCCGCUCAGCAACAACCACUACUCUCAUCCUCACCUUCAUCAUCAUCUUCAUCGUUGUCCUCAUCAUCUUCAUCUUCUUCUGCGAUGCCACUAGCUUCAAAUUUUCUGUUAUGGAAUGCCAACAAAAAGGUCCAACAACCACAAACUGUAAUUACUGUUGCUUCCCAGCCUAAGGCACAAAGAUUGCAGCUUAUAAACACACACACCAACAACAAUGCUACUAGUGCAUUGUUAACAUCAUCAACGACAACAAAAACAUCAAAUUCAAUGACUUUGAUCAAACUAAAUAACUCGAGCUCUUUAACUGCCAGCACAUUUUUUAGCAAUCCCGUUUUCAAAACAGAGGUCAAAGGUCGAUUGAAUGGAAGUGCAACAGUCCAUGGUCAGAUAAUGUUGGGCAGUAGGCAACUCAUCUCUCCUAACCAGUCACCCACCACUCUUAAAAAUCAAAUGCUUCUUAAAGAAUUGCUUGGAUCAGAUAAUUAA